UUAAUUAAUAAAUUGAUUAUAUAAUAUAUAGUUAAUAACAUAAUAAAAUAAGAUAAUAGUAAGAAAAAUAUGGAUAUUAUCAAUAUAGAGUCAUGCUAAAAGCAUAAGAAAAAGCCAUACACUUAUAUUCAAGUUAAUAGGAUUUAAAAAAAUAAAUCUAUUUACUAUUGUGAUGAUUGCGCUUUUUAAGAUAAAGAUUUUAAGCUGCAAAAUUUUGUAAAAAUAGAUUAAAUUUUGGACUAUUAAAAAUACCAUGUUAUUAAUAGUUGGCCUCCUAUGGAAGAUGACAAGGUUUAAAGGAAAUUAUCUAAAAUUAUAAGCGAGAGCGAAGAUAAAAAUGAGAAAAUUUGUAAAUAAAUAGAAUAAUACUUUGAUUCUUUCAUAUAAAGCAUAAAUUAAAAUAUUAUUCAAUGUAAAAAAAACUUACUAACUUCUAUUCAAAAUAGUUAAAUAAGCUAAUUUAAAAUUAUCGAGACUUAUAAAGAAAUAAGCUAAGUUGAUAAGCUAAAAGAAAUAAUAAAUUAAGAUGUUUCAAUUGAAAAAAAGUAAGAAAAUUUAAUCUAAAUAAUAGAAUAAUUUCAAAACUAAAAAGAAUUUAAUUAAUAAAUAAUCUGUGACUUAGUCUAAUAAUACAAAAAUUUAGAUUAAAAUGUCAAAUUUAACAAUAUUGAUUAUGCUUUUAACUAAAUAAAUUGGAUUAUAAAUUAAAUCCCUGAUUUUUUUAAUUCAUCCUUAAGUGAAUUUAAGCUUAAAUUUUUAGAAUAAGCAUCUCUUGAUGACUAUUAAUCUGAUAAUGAAAAGUAAUUUGCAUAAGAUUUAAAAUUAAUAAAUUAAAAAUAUCAGCAAGUUGAAAAUGCAUAAAUAAAUUUAGAGAAACAAUAAUAAAAUGCAGUUUCUAAAGCAAAAUAAAUUGUAGAGUAAAGUAACCAUAUAAUAAAAAACUCUAUAAAAUAAUUAUAAGAUAUGCUUGUUAAUAAUAAUUCAAUUGAAAUGCCAGAAGAUUUGAUAAACAAGUAAGAUUUCUAAUUCAUUAAAAAGAGUGAAAUUUUAUCUAAAUUCGAGUUGACUUUAUCUUAGUAUGACCCAUAAGAAUAUUAACCAAUUUUAUCUAAAAAUUAAAAUUCUGGUUAAAUUACAAUAAAUAAUAAUUCGGAUGAUAGCUAAAUAGAUUACUAUUCAACCAAAAUACUAAACCCAAAUGCCUUAUACUUAAUUAAAAUAAAAUUAAAAUCAAACCUAAAUAAAUAUGGACUUUUUGAAGUUGGAUUAAUAAGAGAUUCUGAAAAAGAUAAAAAAUAUUGUUAUGAAGAGAAAAUGUGCUUUUCUUAUGUCUACAAAUAAAUAGAAAACUAAUUCUAACUUGCUUAGGAUAUGGAUUCAAUUUAAAAAAAUUAGCAUGGAGAUUUUAUUAUAAAAUAGCAAGAACUGUCUUUACUAAUUAAAAUACAAAUAAACGAAGGUACUUUGUAAAUAGAGACUUUACCUAACAAAAGCAACCUUUUGAAAAUAGCUGGAAGUAAUUAAUAAAUUAUUAAAACAAACAAAGAUUUUAGACUAUUUUUUGGACUUUGUGGGCAAAUAGAGCUUAACAUUUAAUCGAUAUAAAAAUUCAAAUAAUUUUGA